AUGGUCUCCAAGGCCCUUGCCGUGUGGCUGCAAACGCUGCUGAUCGGCCCCACUGCAUCGUUUGGGUCAGACACUGCCAACUUCCCCCUCUACUCCGAGGUGGCUCGUUGGUAUGCGAGCGGAGUCACGGCCGUGCUGGCACUCGUGGCCACUAAGUUCCUGGGUGCAUCCCCCCGUUCUCCCCUCCCCAAGCAGCUUCUGGGUCGCCCCAUACUGUCGCCAGUGCCCGUCUAUUCCUUUGCUGGCGCUGGUGCUGCCAUCACCAUCACUGCAGUGUGCAUAAGAGAGUUGAACGGGCGCAUUGGCAUUGGAGCCACGUGCAUGGUCUAUGCCCUGUGCACGCUCUCACUGCUUCUCUGGCAGUCGGUACUGAGUGGGGCGCCCAUGCUGGUGGGCUCCUGUAGCGGCUCCUCCCCCGUGGCAGCGGUGGUGUGGCGGCGAGUGCACUCGCUGCGCCUUCUGGGCUGUAUGCUCGCGUGCCUGGUCGCCUACAGCUGCUGGCUCUGGUUCCCCCCGGCCUCUGAAGCAGCGCGGGUGCUGCUGCCCUCUGCCACGCCGCUCUACCUCUGGCCGCCUGCCAGCAUGGGCGUGCGCUACUGGUGGUGGACUGGACCACUAGCCGUGCCCAUAUUCACAUUCCUCUUAUUCUGCUCUGACGGCCUAGCAGUGGCGCUGCAAGAGCGAGUCUACCUACAGUACGACCUGCCUGUCACGUCUCUGGUGCUCUACGUGUCCACAUCCGCCUUGUUUGUUGACUUCUGGGCGUUUGCCUUCAGCGAUCACUUCGACCGCGCCUUUGGCUUCGUCUUUGACUGCCCGCAGUGCCUGCUCUACCUGGUGCUCGCCUCUGUGCCAUCAGCUUUGGCAGCCUUCCUCACAGCACUGCUGCUAAGAGUCUCGGGCGGGCUCGUCUCCUCUCUUGUCUCACGGGUUAUCAUAAUCCUCCUGCUCUUCCCUCUGGACCCCUUUGCACCGCUCUGGAAAGUGCCUCAAAUCCUGACGGGCGUG